AUGCUGGUCCCGAAAGAUUCAGGCAAUGUUGGUUUCGCCUUUUAUCGUUACGAUCCCAGCAUGGGCGCGGCCGUCCUCUUCGUCCUACUUUUCAUUGGUACGACUGGGUAUCACAUUAUGCAGAUGUUCAAAUCCCGCACUUGGUUUUUUAUUCCCUUCGUUAUGGGAGGCAUCUUCGAGAUUAUCGGAUACAUCGGACGUGCCGCAUCAAGCAAGCAGAGCCCAAAUUGGACACUCGGCCCAUAUCUCGUGCAGACUCUGUUCCUUUUGCUUGCUCCAGCUCUCCUUGCCGCGUCGAUAUACAUGUUUCUCGGGCGCAUUAUCCUUGUCUUACAAGCCGAAUCACAUGCCUUGAUGAAGAAAAAGUGGUUGACCAAGGUCUUCGUGACAGGAGACGUGCUCUCAUUCUUCCUGCAAGGGGCUGGUGGUGGUAUUCAAAGCAGUGGUAGCCUGGAGAGUAUGAAGACUGGCGAGCACAUCAUCGUUGGUGGCCUUGUGAUUCAGAUCCUCUUCUUCGCUUUCUUCAUCCUUACUGCGACCCAUUUCGACUGGAAGCUCAAGGAGUACCCAAUUCCGCGCGCUUGUUCCCCAGAUAUUCCUUGGCGGAAACACCUCAACGUACUCUACAUGACGAGCUGCCUAAUCAUGAUCCGAUCCAUGUUUCGACUGAUCGAAUAUAUCCAAGGGAACAAUGGGUAUCUCCUGCACCACGAGUUGUAUUUAUACAUAUUCGAUUCUUUGUUGAUGCUUCUGACGAUGGUCACUUUCAAUGUGGUUCACCCGCAGGAGAUUGGUCAACUAUUGCGUCGCCCGACUCGGUAUGAAAUGACUGAUGAGCAGCUCUAG